AGGGAGAGACAAACGUAAGACGAUGAUGCUCCGUCGAGUCACCGACGUUCGUUGGGGUAGGCUCUCCCGGAGACUCCCGUUAUCGGGAGAACAGAAAUGUCGAAGGUGCGAACGAAUGCCAUGCGUUGGAUGCGCACGCAUCUUGUGGUGUCUCUCUUUCAGAAUUAAUCGCGAAUCGUUACGAUGGUAUUACGAUAAGAAAAAGAAAACGAAAGAGAGAAGAAAAAAGGUGAGAAAGAGAGAAAAAGAAAGAAACCAAAGAAAAAUCUAUAACUUUAUCUGAAAACGUUUUAAAAAUUUUCGUUCGAUCGAUUUCGACGAAGGCUACGAAGAAACCCGCAACAUACUUUUAACUCGGCCCUGCCGAGUGUGAGCGGCAAACUUUUUCUUUAGAAAUCGCCAGCGCGCGUCAUUCGGAAUUUACCAAUGGGUACGUACGAUCGUCCGCGAAUGAGAAAAGAGAGCGACUACGCUCCCAAGGACAUCGAAUAUGUUUCCUUGUUUCGCUAAUAUCUGCCUACCUACCUGCAUGCCUGCCUGCCUGCCUACCAACGAAAUCAUCUCUUCUCCAACCUCUCGGAGAGAGUCGUCGUCGACGUCGUCGUUGCUAAAACCACGACGCCGCAGUAACAUCGGCGGUCGCUUGAAGCCCACUCUUAUCCGGAUCGCAGAAAAGCCUAAGAGCCGCGAAUGAGCGGUAGUCGCUCCUUUCUGUCGUCGUCCAUGACUCUCUUACCCACCCCAACCCCCCACCCCCACCCAACCCACCCGCCAAACAACUCGUCCACCGUCGACCUUUUAAACCGCUCGAUAAAUUCACGCGCGUAAAUUCAAGAACUAUUCAAAGGAGAAAGAGAGAGAAAGAAAGAGACGUUGAUAGAAUAGAUUCCUACUUUAUCGACUCUUUUUCUUCUUUGAAAAGUAUGACACAAGACAAUAAAGUAUAACAAAAGAGAUUCUUAAAUAUAAACAAUCAGCAAUUUUUUGAUGUAACAAGAAGCUUUAAAUUAGGAGCAUGAUAGAAGAUAAUGUCAGUGAAGGAAUGAAUUUUGAAAGUAUAGUGACAAGAAAACCAAGUAUUAAGAAAGAGUAAAUUAUGAUUAAUAUAAUUGAGCUGAUUCAAUUGUUAGUGAUCACAUCUGUGUUACAAGAGAUUGUUGUAGGAGAUUUAUCAAAAAUUGAUGAUGUCCAAACUUGUAUGGAAUUUUGCUCUACUUCUGGUAAUGUAGGAAAUUUCAAGGACGGAUAUUGUGUGUGUGAAAAUUUGGAUAAUAUAGAUGCAGAAAAUGUAGUUCGUGAGGACAGGCAAAUAGAGUAUGUUGAUCCUAUUUCAUAUUCUAAUGAUCUUACUAAUGAAGACCGGAUAAUGCGCUGUGCAUUAAGAUCAAGGAAACACAUGAGACAUCAUGAUGCUGAUCGUGUAGUCACAUACUUUGUCAAUGAUGGACCAGCAAAUGGUCAUACUUAUUUUGUCCAAGCAGCUAAUCAAAAUAUAGACACAGAAAGAGAAUGUAGGAAUAACAACUAUCCAUUAACAAAUUCCUAUCGUAAUGCUGACGAAUCUAACGAUCAAUUGCCCAAUGAACAAUCAUCGAUGACAGAAAAUUAUUCAAAACGAAGCUACAGUGAUGCUAUUAUUGGUGCUCCAUAUAAUCCAUACAAUCCUGUAUAUUUCUUACCACAUAAAGUGUCUAUUGCAUCUGUUGCACCUGUUGUAAUGAAUCCAUAUGUUACGAGUGCUACAUACGGUUCUGUAAUAGGGCCAAGAAAUAAUAUGUUAAGUCAUCCAACUGAUACUGUGCGAGAUAAUUUAGUGGGUGCAAAAUUGCUACCAAAAAUUCGGUCACGUUCAAAUUUACUAAGACGUGUCUCCAAUGCAUUGGUAGGAAUAGUUAAAGAGCCUGAAAACGAAAGUGUAUUAGGUACUUUUCUCAAUAACAUUAUUACACAAGAUCCUACUGCAUACUCUCCUGAAUAUAAUAAUAACAAAAAUGUUAUUAACAAAAAUAAUGUUGGAAAUGAAAUUAAACAAGACAAUUCUAUUGUCGGUUUUACUAAUGAAACCGGAGAAACUCCUACAGCAAAUUCUGAAAUUACUUCACAAGGAAACAUUCAAAUAUCAUCUGAAACAAAAAGACCUACAAAUUCAAUGCCAUCCAUUCAAAGAACGAAUAUAUCUCCUAGAAACUUCCAAAGCAAUCCAUACAACCAACAUCUUAUGUCAAUAUAUCCUUCAGAACAAUAUCCCAUUCAUAAUCCUUUUAAUACCAUGCCUACAACUUAUAUUCUUCAACCUGUAAACAUAAUAUCACAAGGAAUAGAUUCUACACCACAAUCAGAAAUAAUUAGCUCAUCACAAUCACGUGAAUCUUUAGAUUGUGAAAAUAACAGUUUUUUAAGUACUAGUGAACCCACCAAUGCUUUCCAAACAUCUACAGAUACUUCUAAUUAUUAAGAUAAUAGUAUGAAUUUUAAUGAUACAACUACUAAAGAUUCCAUAGGAGAUAUAAGUUAAGAUACAAGCGAUUUUUAAUAUCAGAGAAUAAAAUUCCAAUAAGAUUUUAUAAAAAGUAAGAAUAAAACUAAAUAAGAAAUUUAAAAAAGAAAUCAUGUAAAUAAUGUAAAUGAUUUUUUUUUAUGCUAUAA